AUGAGUAUGGAAGAUUAUGACUUCCUCUUCAAGAUAGUUUUAAUCGGGAACGCCGGCGUGGGGAAGACCUGCUUAGUGAGGCGCUUCACUCAGGGGCUUUUCCCACCGGGCCAAGGAGCCACCAUCGGGGUUGACUUUAUGAUUAAGACGGUGGAGAUCAAUGGUGAAAAAGUGAAGCUGCAGAUCUGGGACACGGCCGGCCAGGAGAGAUUCCGGUCCAUCACGCAGAGUUACUACCGCAGCGCCAACGCCUUGAUACUGACCUACGACAUCACCUGCGAAGAGUCGUUCCGAUGCCUCCCGGAAUGGCUGAGGGAGAUCGAGCAGUACGCCAGCAAUAAGGUCAUCACCGUCCUAGUGGGCAACAAGAUCGACCUAGCAGACAAAAGAGAAGUCUCCCAGCAGAGAGCGGAGGAAUUUUCCGAAGCCCAAGACAUGUACUAUCUGGAGACCUCGGCGAAAGAGUCAGAUAACGUGGAAAAACUCUUCCUGGACUUGGCCUGCCGGCUGAUCGGCGAAGCGAGGCGGAACACGCUUGUGGACAAUGUGGAGUCCCCCUUGCCCGGCGAAGGGAAGAGCAUCAGCUAUUUGACUUGCUGUAAUUUCAACUGAUGGCCCGGAGCGCCACGGCUGUUCCUUUUAUUCGCCAAGGUCCGGCUCGGCGGAGGGAAUCCCGGACGUUGUCGUCUUGACCCAAACCUGACCGGUGGACGUUGCCGGGCGCUCGACCCUCGAAGCGUGGCAAGAUGGCCCCUUCGCCUGCGGGGUCGGCAUAGCAGAACACGACCUGAAUAUAAACUGGUCCCCCCCCUUUCUCCCUGUAACGCAGAGUCGAGUCGGUUAGGAUUCAAAGGGAUGCUAGGCGUCCAGUGGCUAAGAUCGCGCCUCUCGGAAGGCAGUGAACAAUGCAGGAAAUCUCUCUUGCGGAACAGGUUUUGGAUCUUCACAGUAAGGAAAUGCACAUUAACCAUUCGGCUGCUGUCUUGGGCUGCCAGCUAAGCAAAGACCUGUAUAGAAGGCCCCAAGGAUUGGAGGGUUUUUUUUUAAGGACGCAACUCAGUGAAGUCCUUAUGUGUUUCAUUCCCCUCCCCUCCCAAAGUGUUAACAUCUCCCGAAUUCAGGCACUUUGCAUCGAUGCGGAAUUUAAGAAUAAGAAAUGCUAGUGCUUUGGGAACCGAUUAGAACAAAAAGCAGUGCUGUCUCGCUGUUUGUUUCCUGCUCAGUUGGGUCUGUUACUGCCUGCCUCUGUUCUAUACAGAAGCUAGAAGUUUCUCACUUGUGUGCACUGAUAGUCCACAGAACAAAAAUCCCCCCCCCUCCCGAGUGCAAACAAAUGCCCCGUAUCCCUCUUCUGACAGGAGGCAUUUUAGCUGGACAAAUUGCGAGCACAGGAAGAGGAAGUUAGGAAUCCUCAAUAAACUGGGUGUAGUGGUUGGGUGUAAUGGUUAAGUGCGCGGACUCUAAUCUGGGAGAACCAGGUUUGAUUCC